CGGAACGCGGAAGGAAUGGCGUUGUUCUCCGGUGGCGGCAGCGGUGGCGGCGGCGGUGGCGGCGGCGGGCCGCCCAUUAAACCGGAAGACACCAUCCCUUCCAGGCAACGGAGCCUCAAGGAUCGGCUGCGAGAAGGGAUCGGCGGAUUAUCUUGGCAGAGCAAGAGCCGUAGCGUGGAUCAUGGAUUAUCACCUCUCCCAGAUUUGGAAGCCCUGCGGAACAAGGUCGAAGGACGCUUCGAGUCCGUGGAUAAACUCUCCAAAGAAGCGUCAAGUCUACGCCCCCUCAACACCAUUGCCUACACGGUGGGCGACAGAGACACGCUUACGUCGGUGGCGGCGCGAUUCGACACGACGCCGUCCGAGCUGAGCAAAUUGAACAGGCUCGGAAGUACUUUCAUUUAUUCCGGUCAGCAGUUAUGGGUGCCGGCGAAGGGGGAAGGACGCCCGGGUGGAGGAUCAGCCGCGGAUGCGCCCAGCCCUGACCCUUGCCACGAUCACGAGUCCCAGGAUGACCUACCACCCGAGGAAAAAGAGAAGGAAGAUUACGCCGAUCGCGGGCCGGGAUCUUCUACGAUCCGCGACGUCGAGGUCGACACGGUGCGCGCCCCAAGAAAAACGCAGUCACGUCAUAAAGAUAGUUCGACGCGGGUGCCAUGCGACUCGACGCGCACUGCACAUACGAAAGCUACCGGUGCCUCGACAUCUUCCCUCGAAAAUACCGAGGUCGAUAAGGCUGAUGAACUGCUGGACAACCUGAGACCAGUGUCGCCAAAGCCGGGCCAUAUGGAGCGCAUAAAAACACCCCUUGGAACUUCCGGCGCGACUGCAGACGAGGAUGAACAGCCGUUCAGGGAAAGAUUUCUGAAAAUUAAUGUCAGGCAUAUCACAGAUGGCCAGGGUGUAGUCGGCGGUGUGCUGUUGGUCACGCCAAACGCAGUUAUGUUCGAUCCAAACGUGUCCGAUCCUCUCGUCAUCGAGCACGGUGCUGAAUCUUACGGAGUGAUUGCGCCAAUGGAGUUCGUGGUCAAUGCUGCAAUUUAUUACGAUAUCGCGCACAUGAGGGUCUCCCAUACCGAGUCUGGACACUUGGACAAAAAACCUGAGAUUUAUUACAUGAAGAAACCCCAAGUAGUCGAUCGUAAAUGUCAGUCUCCGGGGAAGGAUGAGAAUUUCCCGGAAUUAGCAGGCGACGAUAGCGAAAGUGUGUGUAGCUGCGCUGAGAGAGAUGGCGAUGCUUUUCCAAAGGCCUUUGAGCGAGAACUUGUCACUCCCACUAAUCUCCAGGGUGAGGAGAAUUCAACCUCGACCAAAGAUAAAGAGAAAGAGAAAGACAGUAACGAGAAAGAAUUCUCCACUGGCGGCCAAGGUAGUAGAACUCUAGAGGAACGCAGACGUUCCAUGCUUGACCAUCAUUGGGCGGUUCCUAGCAAAGAUCGGAGUACGUUCUCUGUUGACGACGAACAACAAGAUUCGUUAAAUUCUGAUAAGCAAGCUGAACCAGCUAAGUCAAAUGCCAUUCCCGAAGACGAAGAAGGAUCUCUAGUCAAAUUGUCGUGCCAUGAUUCUGGUAUCGAUAUCCGUGAUCCUAAUCCACCGGUUCCAGUAGUGCAGCCUAUACCGUCGAAAAAAGUUUACUCAGAUGCGGAUAUUGUCUUAUCCUCGGAUUGGGUUCCACCGAUAACGAUAGCACCAACGAAUGUUACCAGUACGUUGGAAGCCACUUCUGCUAUUAACGGCAGGAAGAAAGCCAGUUCGGUGUCCUUUAGCUUAGAGAGUAACGCGGAAGAGCCUGAGAAGGAUGAAGAGCACAAGGAGGAUGAUAAGCAGGAAACUCGGAAGAACAAGAUGCUGAAACGUCUGUCAUAUCCAUUGUCCUGGAUGGAGGGUUUAACCGGAGAGAAAGAUGAUGACAGCAGCAAAUCUCUCUCUGAUAAGAUGUCAAGCCUUCCAAACAGCGCGGAUUCCCAUCAUUCCUCUGUUUUCAGCAAAGUUUUCUCGAGACGCCCUUCCGUGGGUACUUUUAUUAGACAGCAACCUUUAACAUCUUCUGGCAGCAGCAGCGUUGAUAGCAGUCGAGGUAGCAAAACUUCCGCGACGGCACCGCGACUAGAUUACCGCAGUAUGGUCUCAGUCGAGGAUAUGCCGGAAUUGUUUGUGAGUUUCGACAAACUGAUCCCACGACCUGCUCGUUCCUGCGAGGACCCACCGUUGUACCUGAGACUACGAACAGGCAGGCCCAAGGACAAGAAGAUACCACGGUCGACGCCAAUUAUGAGCUACGGCAAGAAGAAGCUGCGUCCUGAAUACUGGUUCAGUGUACCGCGCAACAGAGUGGACGAUCUGUACAGGUUCAUUCACGCGUGGGUGCCGAGUCUCUACGGCGAGCUGGAUGAGAACUACUGGCGGGAACGCGGCUACAUCCUGUCCGAUACCGACACCGACCUGUCGCCGGAACUGUCGCCCCACGAGAGCGGCGAGGGCGCGGAUUCCGCGGAGGAGAGCAAGACUCGCGAUGGACAAGGUGACGACAUCAGCGAGUUGACGAGGGAGUCCUGGGAGGUACUGUCUAUGAGCGAGGAGUUCAGGCGAGCUCUUUACGCGAACAGUGCCAUUUCUUUGGACAACGACGUCAUUGUGCCCGACCUCAUCGGCACGACGGAAAUACUCAGCGACGAGCACAGGGAAGAGCUCUGCCGUCAUCUGCCCGCGAGAGCGGAGGGCUACCAGUGGACUCUCGUCUUCAGCACAAGCCAGCAUGGCUUCAGUCUCAACAGCAUGUACCGAAAAAUGGCCAAGAUCGAGAGCCCGAUCUUAUUAGUCAUCGAGGACACGGAGGGCAAUGUGUUUGGUGCACUGACCUCGUGCUCUCUGCACGUGAGCGAUCACUUUUACGGUACCGGCGAGUCCCUGCUCUUCAGGUUUUCGCCGAGGUUCCAGUGUUUCAACUGGACUGGGGACAACCUGUACUUCAUCAAGGGCAACAACGAGAGCUUAGCAAUUGGUGCUGGAGAUGGCAAGUUUGGGCUCUGGUUGGACGGUGAUCUGUAUCAGGGCCGGACCCAAUCCUGUAGCACAUACGGCAACGAGCCGUUGGCACCGCGCGAAGAUUUCGUUGUUAAAACAUUGGAAUGCUGGGCAUUCAUAUAGGACACGGCCUCAUAUCCCCAGCCCGCCACUCCUUCGCCAUCAUCGCAGCCUAAUUUAACCUGAACUUGUGAGCCUCAGGAAGGUUUCGCCGCCAGGAGAUUAGAGGAAGACUAACGAUUCCAAGGACAUUGUCGAAGACGUUGAGUCAUUAAUGUCACGACGCCGAUUAAUUUGAUUGCCAUUUGGGAAAAUCUCGCCCGGUGUUAGACAGGAUGAUUCUCUGAGGAGAAAAGAAUCGUCAAUGUUCACACGAAGAGACAACGAUGGCAUUGCCUGAAGAAAAUGGUGAAAUCGACGAGACGCAGCCUCGAAAGGGAUGCGAACGUUUGUAAAAGAGACUGUCAUGGCCCGAAAUUAUGCGAUCACAGCGUGUGCUAUAACAUGCGUAUCGCGUAGCUAUUGUUUAUUGUUAAUUGCCCCCGACUCCCUUGUCUUUUUUUAAGUUGGUAUAUUUAUUUUAUUUUUUUUUAUAUUUUGUUGAAUAAGUCGUUGUUGCGAAUUGUAUGUCGAUCGUGAAUUUAAUUUGCGGUUAUUUGUGACCGAGAGUCGAAGAAUUAUGAUUGCAUUGUAUGAUAAUCGUUACUUCGAACUAGUCGUGAGUUUACACAUUUAACAUCAAUAUAAAGAUAAUUAUGAAAAUAACGAUGAUGAUGUAAUGAUGAUGAUGAUAAUGAUGAUAAUGAUGAUAAAUGCAGAUGAUUAUAAUGAUGAUGGUGAUGAAAGAAUGAAAGUGUGAAUGAUUGGAAAUGACAUGGAUGGCAAAUGCGAGGCGAGAUACAUAACGUUUGAAGGAAAACAAUUUACAAAUUCAAUACGAUGAAGAUGCUAAAACUAACAGUUUGUUGAUGUGUAGAUAAUGUAGAUAGUAAAUGUAAAUAUAUAUAUAUAUACAUAUACAUAUAUACUUUGAUCGUGUUGCAAUGAUUGAUUUUGACGGUACAAGUAGAGAGAACUCUUUGCGGAACGCUGUGUAACUCGUCAUGUAUAAUGCAGAUGUUUAUUGAACCAAGAAACGUAAGCGACACGCAUAUACAUAUUACAUGCAUACACAUGAGGAUUGAUACACAGAUAACGGGAAGCGUGCUCUCGCGUAACCGAAUAUAACAAUCCAUGAUCUGAGAAAAAAAAGUAGUUUUAGAGAAAGAGAUACCUCGAGCUGAUCUUACAAUUAGGAGAGGAAAGAGAAGUCGAAUGAGAGAAGUCAAUGAUGUGUGGAUUGACUUGAGUCAGAGUGUAUUCGCGAAUCUUGUCGUCAGUAAAUUAGUAAAUGUGCUUUGGAGUCACAAGUGACCACAACGAACACACAUGCCUGUGCCUGCUUCGCUCUCUUUGUCUCCCUCCGCCAAGUGUACUCGCGAUAUGAAGCAAGUAUAUCUCGUGCGUGAAUCCAUCUUCCUACCGGCAUACGAAUUCCCUGACAUGCAAACGAUCACUCUAGAUGGCACAUUGGACGAAGAAUCAUCGCGUUCUGUAACUCGCGUUACGAUGCUCUUUUAGACCUAGUCCAACUUUGUAUGAUCGAUUAUACACACAAUCACACACUGUUCGAGCUUAUAAUCUCUACGAGCGUCGCCAGGUUAAAACCGAGCGUGUGUGUACUCGCUCACCCAUCUCUACUUGGCGCACCUCGUCUAUUUGCAUGGGAGAGUGAAGAAAUCGAAAUCUUGUAUGCGCGUGACCGAUUCUUAAGCGCAUGAGACGAGAAAAUGCGAAGAAGCGUUUUACCAGCUGAUACGGUAUGGCGCGAGAUCGGACGAACUUUUCUAACACAUAUAAUUACGAACAUUAUGACUGACAUUGCAACAACUGACUACAAACAUUGCAACCGUUUGAGAAGACCCACUGCGGCGCGCGUUGCUGGCCCACAACUUUGAACGAAUCACACAUUUUAUACCACGUAGACCUAACGACGACACCACCGUAUAUCUUCCUCCUUCUCCCCAUAAUCACUCUAGAUACAAUUUCUAUUCCACGACCAUUUCUAUAUGUGAUUACGGAUCCUUGUAAUCUUAACGAAGGCGUUUCUCUGCCGGUCAGUUGCCGAUCAGCAGGGCCGCGUACGACGACCAAGAGUGCUUAUUAUAGUAACGACAACACAACUCACGCGAGCACAAUAAAACAAACGCAGAAAACUUUUGAUCUACCUUUACCUGUUUACCUCUUUCUCACACGUGACACACGAUCCCUUUCUGCCGAUGUACACCGUCGGAGAACGUUCGAAAGACUGAACGGUCGAUCCAAGAUAUCCCAAGAGAAGAAUGAGACCCAAGUGUUCGCGCACUGGUUACAAGACGCACUCAAAACAAAAUGAAAGAAAAGAAGAAAACGCGUGAUCAAAGCCGCUGACUGGGCAGAAUGCAGUGUGACACUUAAUGAGAAUUUGUAACUGACACAGUUCCAAUGAGUUUAAUUUUCCACAUGAUGCGGAAUGGAUGUAGACGUGAUAUAGACGUUAAAAGAUAGACCUUACUAAACCUCAUGGACUCAUCACGAGUGAGCAUAGAGUCAAUUUUCGCGUGCAUGUAGCGAAAUCCUAAUCUAUCGGGAUUGUUUCUCGAUCCCACGAUGUCGACGAAGCACAAACAAAGUAUCAAGUCAACAUGCAGCACUAUCGGGCUUUACUAGGGUAGCAGUCUCGAAUUUGUACACUCAAUGCGACACAACACGUACGAAUAGAGUUGCUUAGAGCGUAAAUUAGAUACUAGGCGUAAUCAUGUGAUAUUAAGUGGAAAACAGAAAAAAAAAGAGUUGUGCUCCUAGACGAUUUAUCGAGUCGCUUCGAUGGUACCACAUGGUUGAAUACGUCAUGUACACUACGCUACACAUACAUACACACACACAAACGAAACACCCCUCGAGAUGGAGAUCUUUUCGCUUCCUGAUACGCGAAGCGUGCGUGUGUUACUCGAGGGAUAGACGGAUUUGAAAUCCGCGGUCAGGGAUAAGGUCCUGAGCAGAAUAGCUGUUUUGUAAUCUUAAGACACAAGACAGUUAUUGUGCGUUAUUUUAAGACAAAGACUUAAAGCAUAAAACAUUGUCUCAAGAGUACAAGACAACCAUUCUGCUCAGGCUCUAAUAGCAUCGUGUGCGAAAAAGAGCGAAGUACGCGCAUCCGACAGCAGGUGACGAUAAUGAUAAGCCAAAUGAAGAGAAAACAACUACUCAUGAUCCUCGCCUUAAUGUGAAAAAAAUCAAGAUGUCAAUGUGCACUGUAACAAAAAUAAAAUAUUAACUAUUUCUGGGAAA